AUGAAGAGACAGUUCGUGAAUGAUGUGACAUACAAGAAGACGGGAGACUUCACUACGACCACAUGGACAGUGGGCCCCUUCAGGCAGUUGUCCUUCGGGGAUAGCGUUUCGUCGAGCAAGCCUGUUCCUGCAGGAGACAAUGAAUGGAAGUUCACCUUGUUCCCAAAGGGACUCACCGACCCCGAUUGGAUCUCUCUCUACAUCACCAAUAUUGAUCUGGAGCUCGCAGACGCGAGCAGCGAGGCUGGCAGCAAGAAGCGAGCCAUUGCAAGCAUCAAAGUUACAUUCGAGCCGAAUUCUUUGGAGAAAGAUGACGACAAGAAGAAGAAGGAGGGGAUGAAUGACAACGCUAGUGUCACAUCAAGUGCCCGUUCCCGCAGCAGCGCAGGUUCAUCCCUGUCCAAACUGUCGAAGAUGACUGGAAGCACGGGACGUUCAUCGUCAGGAUCUCGAGUCUCUGGCUCGCAAGGUUCUGCCGGGAGCAAGGGGAGCAAUGCAGCAGCAGCAGCAGCAGCCGUCCUGAUCGAGAAGUCGCUCUCCCAGCAGUUCUCAGCUGCUGAGCCGAGCUGGGGAUUCGAGCAAUUCUUGGAAAUGGACAAGGUGUACAACGUGAAGACAUUGUUCAUGGGCAAUGUGCCUGGCAAGACGUCUGCUGAAAAGGCCGCCAACGUUCAAGAUGGAACCCUGACGAUGACUAUCGACAUCCUUGCGAUCACUGGGCUGAACUUCGAGCUUUUCCUCCAGAUACCGGAGAACGACCCAGACAUUACGGAUGGAGGUCAGCAGAGAACGAAAUGGGCCAUCGUGGAUUUCAAGACGCUGGCGAACAAGAUCGCUGCCAAUCAGAAAGUCUCUUCAGCCAUAUUCCGUUCGGACGGAGAUUGGUACCUUGACAUGUAUCCCAACGGGUACUGGGGGAGUGAAGAGAUCCCUGAGGAGAAGUAUGUCUCGAUCUAUCUGCACUCUUCCAGGAAGCAGAUUGAGAUGGCGGAUACCCUGAAGCGGUCGUACAAGAUAGGGAUUUUGAAAGCAAACCCCCUGAAGCCUGAAUUCUAUGAGGCCCUUGGAGAAGACCCAAAAGUCUACUACCCACCAGACGCAUCGUCGUUCACCAACACCUUCAACGGUUUGAGGAAAUCGUUUGGAAGGCAGAAGUUCAUCAAGUUGAAAGAAAUCAUCAAUGGACGAGAAAUAGACAAGAAGGUCUUGGCGUCGAUCGAUGAAGAACUGAUCCCCAAGCAGCAGGAGCUGAAGAACGAGCUGGUUCAGGGAAACUACAACAAGGGAGGGACGGUGGUCUUCAUCUUGGACAUGGCCGUGACCGAUAUCGAGACGUCGAUGAUUCAGGAGAUGCUCUGGGUCCUCCCAACGUUCGGAGCAAAGGUUCUGCAGCAGUGCCCAGAGACAAACGUCAAGUUGUCUCAGUCCGGCAUGUUCGGAGGGUCCGUAGAGUCUUCGAGGUGCUACUUCUGCGGCAGGUUAUUUGCCUUGUCGGCCUUGGAUGUCGAUAAGGCGACGAGGAUGCCGCAGUUUGGCUAUGAGAUCGGCAAAGAGCUGAUCAUGGACAUCCUGAUGAGGGAGGAGGAGAACAAGCUGCAGGCGGUCUUGCGAUCGCUAAACCCGUCGCAGCAGCUUAUAGCGGUCAACAAAGUCAUCUCGAAGUCGAUCAAGAAGUAUCAGAAGCAGGUGAAGAAGGAUGAGGUGGCUGCAGACGACAAUAGCAGCAUGGACGACAGCGACGAGGACGACGGCACUAAGACGUUGAACCCUCUGAGAAACCGCAAGCGCGAGAAGGAGCUCGCGCGGCAGCUGAUAUUUGAAAAGAAGCUAGAGGCGCUGAGGGCUGAAUUAGAAGACGCUCACUUCGCAAAGCCAGUCUGCUCGCGAUGCAGAGAAGCGUGCAAGGCUCUCGAUGCUUGUAAGAUCAUGACAGGCAGGACCGUCCGCGCGCAGACGUUGGUCAACUUGGGCAAUCCUGACGGCUCCACGGCGACUCCUCGUGGUAACAACACAACUGCAGCAGAUACCUCCAUCAAGGAUGUGUCCGCCAUAGUGUCCCCACGAUCCUCCUCAGUCAGAUCCUGGAAGUCUGGCUCGUCUCGGACGUACGGGUUCCGCAUGGGAUGGAAAGAGAAACUGGACAAGUGCAUGAAGACUAUCGAGAGCGUGAAAGAAUCGAUGUCGAAUAUAGACUGUGCGCCGACGAGGGAGAUGAGGAAGCAGCCCAAGGUCGCGGCGAUCGGAGGGGCGAAGGAGCGGGAGGGUGUCGGGUACAAUGCGAUGGUUCUGGUGCAGGGUGGGAGGUAUGGAGACCCUCCAGAGCUGGCGAAGAGAUGCAACGGGCGAGUGAAUGCGAGCAACCCAUUCAGUGACGACGACACCAUCUCCCGCGAUGCUUUCUGCGACGUCAGGUUUGACAGGAGGGAGAACUCAAAGACUCCCGAGCAGGUUCACUGCCUGCUCACUGGCAAGGUCUUCUGCAAGACGUGCGCUAGGUUCAAGGUGUCGAUCCCAGAGCUCGAAGAUGAUCCGGAGUCUACCAAGAAGACCAUUGUCCCUGCUUGCUUCGACGCCUACCUUGAAAGAACCUCGAUCGCUUCUGGCCUGAUCCGCUACAAGUCGGAUAAGCCACCAGCUGCCGAAGACGGCCUGAACCGAGCAGUGAUGCCGCCGGCGCAGGAGGAGGAAGAGGAGGAUGACGAGGGCUUCCUCGAGAUCAUCCGGAAGAUUCCGUUCUGUGGAGAGAAGAUUGCAGAUCAGAUCAAUCCAGAAUGA